AGUUGCCUCCAGGUUCAUCUAUCCCUAGCCAGGGUUAUGCUCUCCUGUAGGUGCUGCCUACGCCUUACGUAAAAGACCAUGCAGACCCCCAACUAUAUUGAAUCCGGUCACCAAUGGCUAAACAUUUGCAUUCUUGCCUGGCGAGAAAAGAUAAAUUGAGGUAAUCAGGCGUACAACAUGAACUUUGACCCAUAUUAUGUAUCCCCACCCCGAUAAUAUAUAAGACGGAAGGACAAAGCUCAAGCUGCCAGAAUCGUCGUCCCACUUUACGUGUAGAAACACAGUGUCCUAUAUAACAUGGCGACCCCGGCUGUAUCUCAUCUGGAAAAAGAGAAGGGAAGUAAUGGACGUGGAGAGGAUCUUUCGCGUACACACAAGUGUGGCGAGUGCGGCAAGGAGUUUCGUCGACUGAGUGGCUUAAAGAGACAUAUGCGUUCUUACACUUGCAAGAGACCGUUAAGAUGUGGGAAGUGCAGCAAACAGUUUAGUUGGCUUUGUAAUCUGAAGAGACAUAUGGGAACCCACACCGGUGAGAGACCUUAUAAGUGUGAUAAGUGUAGCAAACAGUUUAGUGACCAGGGCAAUAUGAAGAGUCAUAUGAGGACUCAUACUGAUGAGAAACCAUUCAAAUGUGAGGAGUGCGGAAAUCAGUUUAGUAGGAUGUAUCAUCUGAAGAGUCAUAUACGGACUCACACCGGAGAGAAGCCCUAUAAGUGCGAAGAAUGCAGCAAACAGUUUAGUGUGUUGGGUGGUCUGAAGAUACACAUGCGGACACAUACCGGAGAGAAGCCCUAUCAGACCAUCUCCGGAGCCACAAGGCAAAGCGAACUCACAGCGAUUAAACUUCACAGCAACCGAUGUGGCGGUUUCAUGCACGAAUAA